AUGUUCCGCGCGUCCGACAACGUCGAUAUCGACGUGACGACGCGCAGUCGCAGCAGCGGCGGCAUCAUGUCGGGCAUCAAGCGAAUGAUCGCCGGAGAGCACUUUCUUCUUCUCGCGGUACACCGUUUCCGACUAUCGAGACGCCGAGGUCGGGUUGGCGCCCAGGUUGCAGGGGCAGGUGGCCCUCAUCGAGUGCGACGGCAGUGCACGCUGGGUCUGCGCCGGCGGCAGCUACCUCGGCUCCGCCCUCGAGUGACAUCGACACGCAGUUUCCAGGGCCUGCGCGGUAUGCUGUCGGGCGAGUCGCUGUCGUUCCUCACCGUCGAGGGCGUCGGGCCGCUACUGGUGAACGCCUUCGGAACGAUCACGGAGUUGGAAGUGAAGGGCGGGCUCACCAUCGACACAGGACACGUGGUGGCGUUCGAGGACUCGCUCGAAUACUCCGUCGGCAAGGCGGGCGGAAGCUGGGUAUCCUCGUUCCUGACCAGCGAGGGACUCGUACUUCAUUUCAGCGGGUACGGUCGAGUCUACGUUCAGAGCCACAAUCCCGAUGAGUUCGGCAGGACGCUCGGCCCACUGCUCCCGGAGAAGAGCUAG